AUGGCUGAAAAGAUAGAUGAUAAGCUCCCUACAGCGACGUCCUCACCUGACAUCUCUGGUGGUGAAUCUGGAUUUGAAUCAACACUUCCUCAGCAUGGAAAAGUGCAUUAUGUCGACCGUGAUCAAAAUGGUAUUCUCCCGACAUAUGGGGCCGAACACAUUCCAGGGUACGAUGCCGAUCUUAUGGGUGCGAGAGCUACUUUAAGUAGCACUGAGGAGAAGAAGCUUCUUGGACGAAUUGACUGGCAUCUCAUACCACUUUUGGCUAUCAUGUAUAUGCUCAAGAGUGUUGAUUUUACCAAUGUUUCCUAUGCCAGGACCAUGGAUAAAGGCACACCCCAUAACAUUCUGACAGAGCUGAAAAUGACAUCGAAUCAGUAUAAUCUCGUGACGACUAUGUAUUAUAUCCCAUAUAUUGUCGCCGAAGCGCCAUCCAAUCUUCUUUUGAAAGGUGUGCGACCGUCAGUAUGGCAGGCCCGAAUCAUGGUUUCUUGGGGCAUCGUCUUGUGCUGUCACGCCGCUGUAACAAAUCGACAAGGUUUAUAUGCUGUUCGAUUCUUCCUCGGUCUUUUUGAAGCUGGCCUUUGGCCGGGUAUGCUAGUGCAUAUAUGCUACUGGUAUAGACCGGAUGAGAUCGCGCCACGAAUUGUGCUUGUUACUCUCCUGGGAAACUUCAGCUCCGUUAUUAGUGGACUUCUCGCUUUUGCGUUUAACGGGGUUGUCACGGGUGGAUUAUCGGGUUGGAAGUGGCUGAUAUUAACGGAAGGCAUUUUCACUGUUUUGCUUGGGAUUUUUACAUAUUUCUUCUUGCCUGACUUCCCAUCUACUGCCUCGUGGCUUUCUGAUAGAGAAAAGGCAUUCAUUCAAGCACGUCUUCCGAGCAACUCUCCACGAGCAGCAGAAGCAAACUUCAACUUACCGGAGCUGAUUACAACUUUGAAAAAUAAGAGGAUUUGGCUGUUCCUUCUGUGUUGGGCCUUUUUCACCAUUGGCACUACUGGUCUUACCUUUUACCAGCCGACAGUCAUUGCCAACCUCGGGUUUACUUCAAUCGGCCAAGCACAACUUCUCAACAUUCCCUCGGCUGCAUUCGCAGUGAUUUUGACGCUCGCCUUCGGAGUAUUUGCAGACACCGGACGCAUCCCUCAACCAGCCAUUCCACUCUUUUUCAUGAUCGUCAUCGAGGCCUGCUAUGGUGUUCUGUAUGCAUUCCCCAGCAAUAGCGGUGUCUACGCUGCCACAAUCAUAGCCGGUGGCUUUUCAACUGCAUGGUACACCAUGAUGUGGCCAUGGCGAGUCCAAACUACCGAGGGCGCAACUGGCUCAGCAUUUGCAAUUGCCUUCGCCAAUAGUUACGGUCAAAUUGGAGGAGCAGUUGGGUCUCAACUGUUCAAUUCUCGCUACGCACCGCAUUACACUACUUCCUUCGGAAUUGCAAUGGGAUUUAUUGGCAUGGCUAUAGUAAUGAACAUUAUUACUUGGGGCUUUACUUGGAGGGUUGAUGUUGAUACUAGGAAACUGAAGAGAAUCAGGAUGGCAGCGGCUAAGCAGAACCAAGCUGUUCUAGAUGAUGUUGAUAUUCAUGCUGGAGAGAAGAAAAGGCAGUGA